CUUCCAGAGAGAACAGUCUGUACCCGGAGAAGCCAGACGCAGGAGGAGCUGAGGAACGACCAAGGACAGCUGAGAACUUGUACCCAGGCUGCAGCUCCCACACCACAAGUUUGUAUGCAACUUGGAGCUUGCAGCAUCAGGGGACGCCCUCAUCUCCAGCCGUGGGACGGGUGAGAUCUGAUCAGUUCCCGACCUCUCCAGUGUUGUUUCCCCACAGUUUGAUGAGAUUACAGAUAACAUGGCCUGUGGAUCUGUGAUGAAGAACCCCAUCUGUCUGGUGGAAAACCAGAAAACUCAUCUGACAGUAAAUAGAAAAGCACUGCAGAUUCUUAACAAGAUCUCUCAGCCUGUAGUGGUGGUGGCCAUCGCAGGACUGUGUCGAACAGGAAAAUCCUACUUAAUGAACCGCCUGGCAGGACGGAACCGUGGUUUCCCUCUGGGCCACACAGUGAGGUCUGAAACCAAGGGCAUCUGGAUGUGGUGUGUACCCCACCCUUCCAAACAGAAUCAUACCCUGGUCCUUCUGGACACCGAGGGUCUGGACGAUGUAGAAAAGGGUGAUUCUAACAAUGACUCGUGGAUCUUCGUGCUGGCCGUGCUUCUGAGCAGCAGCUUUGUCUACAACAGCAUGAGCACCAUCAACCACCAGGCCCUGGAGCAGCUGCACUACGUGACUGAACUAAGCAACCUAAUCAGGACAAAAUCAUCUCCCAGCUCUGGGGGUGUAAAUGACUCAGCUGAGUUUGUCAGUUUCUUUCCAGACUUCGUUUGGGUUGUACGGGAUUUCAUGCUGGCCCUGGUGUUAGACGGACGGCCCAUCACUGAAGAUGAGUACCUGGAGAAUGCCUUGAAGCUGAUCCCAGGCGAGGGUUCCCAAAUCCAAAACAGCAACAGGACCAGAGAGUGUAUCAGGAAAUUCUUCCCCAAACGGAAGUGCUUUGUCUUUGACCGGCCUACAAAUGACAAAAAACUAUUACACCGUCUUCAUGAAGCAUCAGAGAACCAACUGGAAACGACUUUCCAGGAGCAAUCCAAAAAUUUCUGUUCAUAUGUCUUCAAAAAUGCCAAAGCUAAGACCCUAAGACAAGGGCUCAUUGUCGAUGGAUAUCGGCUGGAGUCUCUGGUGGUGACCUAUGUGGAUGCCAUCAAUAGUGGAGCAGUACCUUGUUUGGAGAACGCAGUGACAACUCUGGCCCAGCGUGAGAACUCAGCGGCUGUGCAGAAGGCAGCCGACCACUACCGUGAGCAGAUGGCCCAGCGAGUGAGGUUCCCCACAGACACGCUCCAGCAGCUGCUGGACCUGCACGCAGCCUGUGAGAGAGAAGCCAUUCAAAUCUUCAUGGAGAACUCCUUCAAGGAUGAAAACCAGGAGUUCCAGAAGAAGCUUGUAAGCACCAUACAGGAAAAGAAAGAAGAUUUCUUGCUGCAGAAUGAAGAAGCAUCUAGGAAAUAUUGCGAGGCUCAGCUUACGCAGCUUCUUGAGCCCUUGAGGAAUGAUAUUUCUAGAGGAACUUACUCUGUGCCUGGAGGAUACAAACUCUACUUAGAAAAAAGGCACAAAGUUGAACAAUCCUAUAAGCUGGUGCCCAGGAAAGGAGUUAAGGCAAAUAAGGUUCUCCAGAGUUCCCUGCAGUCACUGGCUGCUACAGAGGAAUCCAUCCUGCAGGCAGACAGAGCCCUCACUGCUGCAGAGAAGAAUCUAGCAGCUGAGCGUGCCAAGAAUCAGGCCACUGAGAAGGAACUGGAGCUUCAAAGACAGAAACUGAAGGAAAUGGAGGAAAAGAUGGCGUCUCAAGAGAAAACUUUCGAGGAAAACAUAGUCCAACUGAAGAAGAAGUUAGAGAGAGAAAUAGAAAACCGACUGAGAGAUCAGAAAAAAUGUCUGGAGCACAAGUGGGAGAUGGAAAAAGAACUACUUGAGGAAGGAUUUAAGAAGAAAGCUGAGGAGUUGAAAAAAGAGAUAAUUCAACUAAAAGAAAUGUAUAAAAGACUUGAAAACCAACAGUCUUCACAAAUAAUUCAAAAUGUCCUUUGUUUAGCAAGCACUAUAUUUCACCCAGUACUACCUGGGAUUUGUAACUUACUAUUAAUAAUGAAGAAAUUAUGCGGAUUUUAAUCUGUUACUGGACAGGAUGAGAAUUCCUGUUAAGCAUAUUACAAAAGGUUUCUUAUGUUUAAUAGCAUAACAAUAUGGCUCAUUUUGGAAAUAUGUGUGUGUGUGUGUUAAUUUCGCCCAAGAAAAGUUUAAAAAUAAAGAGUGAUUAAAAGACUAUUAAGGGAAGUCCUAG